AUGAUAUUUAUCUUUGAAAUUGUUAGUAUUAAUUGGAAGGCAUUAAUAAGUAAGCUCAAUAUUUUUUUUCAGACUGAUUUUAGAAUAGAGACAGAUAGUUUUGGAGAAAUUAAAGUGUCUAAAGAUAGAUAUUAUGGAGCUAAUACAGCUAGAUCUAUAAUAAAUUUUGAUAUUGGAGGGGAUAGUGAACGUAUGCCACUACCACUUAUUAAAGCAUUUGGUGUUUUAAAAAGAUGUGCAGCAAAUGUGAAUAAAGAAUUUGGAUUAGAUGAUAAGAUAGUUGAUGUCAUUACUCAAGUUUGUGAUGAGAUAAUAGAGGGCAAAUUAAAUGAUGAAUUUCCUCUUGUAAUAUGGCAGACAGGAUCUGGUACACAAACUAAUAUGAAUAUAAAUGAAGUUAUCAGUAAUAGAGGUAUAGAAAUAUUGGGUGGAGCUCUAGGCAGUAAAAAUCCAGUUCAUCCAAAUGAUCAUGUCAACAUGUCACAGAGUUCUAAUGAUACAUUCCCAACAGCCAUGCAUAUAGCAGUAGCAGUAGAAAUAAACAAUAGAUUAUUACCAUCUUUAAAAUUAUUACACAGUUCUCUAAGUCAUAAAGUACAAGAUUUCCAAGAUAUUGUGAAAAUAGGCCGAACUCAUACUCAGGAUGCAGUGCCUUUAACAUUAGGACAAGAAUUUAGUGGGUAUGUUACACAGAUAGAGUUUGGUAUAGAAAGAAUCAAAUCAACUUUACCUCGACUUUAUCAUUUAGCAGCUGGUGGUACAGCUGUUGGUACAGGGUUAAAUACAAGAAUUGGUUUUGCUGAAAAAAUAGCAGAGAAAAUAGCAGACUAUACAGGGUUACCAUUUGUAACAGCACCAAAUAAAUUUGAAGCUUUAGCUGCUCAUGAUGCUAUGGUAGAAGUCCAUGGUGCCUUGAAUGUAAUAGCAUGUAGUUUGAUGAAGAUUGCAAACGACAUCCGAUUUCUAGCGUCAGGACCAAGAUGUGGUCUAGGUGAAAUCAGUCUUCCAGAAAAUGAAGCAGGAAGCAGUAUCAUGCCAGGAAAGGUGAAUCCUACCCAAUGUGAAGCUAUUACAAUGGUGGCCGCUCAAGUCAUAGGUAAUCAAACGGCUGUGUCUGUUGGUGCCAGUAACGGCCAUUUUGAGUUAAAUGUAUUUAAGCCAAUGAUAGUGAAGAAUGUUUUACAAUCGACAAGAUUGAUAGCUGAUUCUUGUGUAUCAUUUAGCUCUAACUGUGUGGUUGGUAUUCAAGCUAAUACAGAGAAGAUUGAUCAAAGUUUAAAUGAAUCUCUUAUGUUAGUGACUGCAUUGAAUCCCCAUAUUGGAUACGACAAGGCCUGUCAAAUUGCAAAACUUGCACAUUGUGAGGGAACGUCUUUAAAAAAAGCAGCCUUAAAACUUCAAUAUUUAACAGAAUCUCAAUUUGAUGAAUGGGUUGUGGCCAAAAAUAUGAUUGGUCCAAAAUGA